AUGAGAUUGAAAAAUGAAAUUGAAAAUGAAAUUGAAAAUGAAAUCGAAAAUGAAAUUGAAAAAGAAAUUGAAAACGAAAUUGAAAAUGAAAUUGAAAAUGAAAUUGAACAAUUACCGGUUGAGGAAGAAAUUGAGCUAAAAGGAUUAUUGAGUGGUCAAUCAACUGAUGAAGCUCUGGUUGAAACUCGAAAGUCGAUAUUCUUUAAGAUUCUUAAGAUUUUUAUGAUUCUUAUAUUGAUCGCAAUACUUGCUGAUUCAAUUUUCAUAUUAGUCACUUUUCCAAAGAAUUCAACUACUCGGUUUUAUAAUAAUGGAACCCAUGAUUUUUACCCAACCGUGAUUUUAUUAUCUAUCGAUGGAUUUAGAGAUGAUUAUUUAUACAGAAACAUUACUUCUUAUAUGACAAACUUUUAUCAAGAUGGUCUUCAGUCAGAAUAUUUAAUACCAUCAUUUCCGUCUGUUACUUUUCCUAAUCAUUACACCAUAGUAACUGGACUUUAUCCUGAAUCACACGGAAUUGUUGGAAAUACUUUCUAUGAUCCAGAUCUAAAAGAUUAUUUUUAUUAUACAAAUCUAAGUCAUAGCCUCGAUACAAAAUGGUGGGGUGGCGAACCUAUAUGGGUCACAGCCGAGAAACAAAAUCAAAAAACAGGAGUUUCGCAAUGGGUUGGUUCAUCAGCAGUUAUAAAAGGAAUUACUCCAACCUAUUAUUAUCAUUAUGACUCCAAAUUAGAUAUGAACGAACAGGUAUCACGUGUAAUGAAUUGGUUAGAUCUUCCAUUGAAUGAGAGACCAACAUUCAUUGCUGCAUAUGAUCCAAAGGUCGAUUCCAUAGGUCAUAAAAAAGGACCUGAUUCCAAGGAAUUGAAUGAAGUUUUGGAAGCAACUGAUAACUUGAUUCGUGAUUUAUUGAAUGGAUUGUCUCAAAGGAAUCUUACAGAUAUCGUUAAUUUCAUAAUUGUCAGUGAUCAUGGGAUGGCACCAACAAAUUCAUCUAGUAUUAUUUAUCUCGAUGGAAUAUUCAACAUCUCGAAGGUUUUUCCAUUAGAAGGAUAUCCUAUGGCCGGUGUUCGCCCUUAUAAUGAUUCUGAAGUAACUGAUAUUUAUACAAAAUUAAAGGACGCGAGUUUGAAUCAACCUUGGGAAUGUUAUCUUCGAGCAGAUGAAAUACCUAAACGAUUUCACUUUCGUAAUUCAAAAAGAAUUGCACCUAUAUACUGUAUUCCGGAAACUGGUCGAAUACUUACCUCGCAUCGUGAUUCUAACGGUACAAAGCCUCCUUUAGGUACCCACGGAUAUGAUAAUCUAGAACCGUUGAUGAGAGGAAUUUUUUUAGCUAAUGGACCUGCAUUCAAAGAAGUUGAGAGUAGGAUAAAAACAAACGUAAUUGAAGGUUUCCAUAAUGUUGAAAUAUAUAACAUAAUAACAACAAUUCUGAGAUUAAAACCAGCAGAGAAUAAUGGUACCAGUGGCGGGAUACUUUGGAAUUAA